ACAGCCAAACAAAACUAACAAAACUACCCUUUCCGUAACAAGAAUCAAACAACUAUUGGAGUUGUUUUUUUCUUGUUCAUCUCCUCUUCUCUUCUCCCACAACACCUUUUUUCAUUUCCUGCAUCACCGUCGAGUUUUCUCAUUUCGCCUAAAACCCAACGGUGUUUGCAGGAAUCCAUAAACCAAACAACAAUAUAAAAUAAAAUAUAACAAUAAAUAAAACCUCAUGCUUUUGUAGUUUUAUUUCACCUUUCAAUGCCGCAACGGUGAAAACCUUUUUUUUUAAAUUAACCAAAUAUUUUAACAUUUUUAUUUUUUAUUUUUUUGUUAGAAGAUGCAACAUAAAAUCUUCACCAAAAUGCGAAGCAUGAAGAUGAUUGACGGGUGCAAGGGACCACCGGUCCGCACCUACAACCCCUCCGUCGACACCGACGGCGGAGCUGGAAAGCUCCGCCACCACAUCCAAGAGACCUUGAGAAGCCAAAUGCCCCGUAAAAAAUCGGUGCGGGGAUACUCGCCGUCUUCCAACCUUAACUUGGAAGCUGCCGCCAUCGUCUCCGACGGUACACUCCUUCCUUACGGACUCCCUGCGACGAAGCUUCUAGAACCGAAGAUCGAGGCGACCUUGACACCUCUCGAUUACGUCCAAACCUUAGCUGACCUGCAUCGAAGAGCCGAGAACUCUGCGGAAUUUGAAAAGGCAGAGGUGUUUCUAGAACAAUCCGCGGUGUUUCGCGGCCUACCGGAGCCGAAACUGUUCCGAAGAACGCUCCGGUCGGCACGGCAACACGCGGUGGACGUGCAUACGAAGGUGGUGCUUUCCUCCUGGCUCCGCUACGAGCGCAGGGAGGAUGAGCUAAUCGGGAUCUCAUCAAUGGAUUGUUGCGGAAGAAACCUUGAAUGCCCUAAGGCAAAUUUGGUGGCACGGUAUGAUCCUGAAUCUGUUUAUGAUCCAUGCGUUUGCGCAAAACAGAACUUCAAUUUUAGUACUGGUGAUGAAAUGGCAAUGGAAGAGGCGGUUAAUUACGAUGACAAUGACAGCGAUGACGAUGACGACUGCGACUUGAGUUUUUGCAUUGGGGAUUAUGAUGUUAGGUGUAGGAGAAACGAUAUGGCUUCGCUUUCGCGGCCUUUUAAGACAAUGUUAUAUGGAGGGUUCUUGGAAUCUAAAAGGGAGAAGAUUAAUUUCACACAGAAUGGGUUCUCAGCAGAGGCAAUGAAGGCAGCAGAGGUGUUUAGUAGGACUAAGAGGGUUAGCCAUUUUGAGCCUAAGGUUGUUCUUGAGUUGCUUUCUUUAGCGAACCGGUAUUGUUGCGAGGAGAUGAAGGCUGCGUGCGACGCGCAUUUGGCGUCGUUGGUUUGUGACAUGGAGGAUGCUGGGUUGCUUAUUGAGUAUGGAUUAGAGGAGACCGCGAACCUACUUGUGGCGGCUUGCUUGCAGUUGUUCUUGAGAGAGCUUCCUGGAUCUAUGCAGUGCUCAAAUUUCAUGAAGAUAUUUUGUAGUCCAGAGGGUAGGGAUAGGCUGGCCGCCGCUAGGCAUGCUUCUUUUGUGUUGUAUUAUUUUUUGAGUCAAAUUGCAAUGGAGGAAGAGAUGAGAUCUAAUACAACAGUAAUGUUAUUGGAAAGACUAGUAGAGUGUGCAGCAGAUGGUUGGCAAAAACAGCUUGCGUUUCAUCAAUUAGGUGUUGUCAUGCUUGAAAGGAAAGAAUACAAGGAUGCACAACAUUGGUUUGAGGCAGCAGUGGGGGCAGGGCAUGUUUAUUCUUUGGUGGGUGUUGCAAGGGCAAAGUAUAAGCGCGGCCAUACGUAUUCGGCUUACAAGCUAAUGAACUCGCUUAUUUCGGAUUAUAAGCCGGUUGGUUGGAUGUAUCAGGAAAGAUCUUUGUAUUGUGUUGGAAAAGAGAAAACAAUGGACUUGAUGGCCGCAACUGAAUUAGACCCAACUCUUUGUUUUCCCUACAAGUAUCGCGCCGUUGCAUUGCUUGAGGACAAUAUGAUUGGAGCUUCUAUUUCAGAAAUCAAUAAAGUAAUUGGUUUCAAGGUUUCUCCAGAUUGCCUUGAGUUGAGAGCUUGGUUCUUGAUUGCUGUGGAGAAUUAUGAAGGAGCUCUUAGAGAUGUUCGUGCCAUUUUGACAUUGGAUCCCAAUUAUAGGAUGUUUUAUGGGAAUAUGCCUGGUAAUUACUUGGUAGAACUACUUAGUCCUCUUGCUCGUCAUUAUAGCCAGGCUGAUUGUUGGAUGCAAUUGUACGAUCGAUGGUCCUCUGUUGAUGAUGUUGGUUCUUUGGCUGUUGUACACCAAAUGUUGGAAAAUGAUCCAGGGAGAAGUCUCUUGCACUUUCGUCAGUCUCUCCUCUUGCUACGGCUAAACUGUCAAAAGGCAGCCAUGCGUAGCUUGCGGCUAGCUAGAAACCAUUCGGCCUCUGACCAUGAAAGGCUCGUGUAUGAAGGAUGGAUACUGUAUGACACGGGUCAUCGCGAAGAAGCACUAGCAAAGGCCGAGGAGUCCAUUUCAAUUCAGAGGUCAUUUGAAGCUUACUUUCUGAAAGCAUACGCCUUAGCCGAUUCAAAUCUUGAUGCAGAGUCUUCAACGAUUGUGAUCAAGCUCUUGGAAGAAGCACUUAGAUGUCCUUCAGAUGGCCUUCGAAAAGGACAAGCAUUGAAUAAUCUAGGGAGUGUGUACGUAGACUGCGACAAGUUAGACCUGGCAGCGGAUUGCUACAUGAAUGCGCUCAACAUCAAGCAUACGCGAGCGCAUCAGGGAUUAGCGCGUGUUCAUCAUCUUAAAAAUGAUCGCAAAGCUGCGUAUGAUGAGAUGACAAAGCUAAUAGAGAAGGCGAGAAAUAAUGCAUCGGCUUUUGAGAAACGUUCAGAGUAUUGUGACCGUGAUAUGGCAAAGAGUGAUCUUACCAUGGCAACAGAGUUGGAUCCUCUACGCACUUAUCCUUAUAGAUACAGAGCAGCAGUGUUAAUGGAUGAUCAUAAGGAGGACGAAGCAAUAGCAGAGCUUUCAAGGGCUAUUGAUUUUAAGCCAGAUAUACAAUUGUUACAUCUCCGAGCAGCAUUUUAUGAUUCAAUGGGUGAUUAUGUUUCCACCGUCCGAGACUGCGAAGCAGCCCUUUGUCUAGAUCCCAGCCACGGCGAUACGCUCGAGCUUUGCAACAAAGCUCGAGAACGUAUUAAAGAAGAAAAGUGAGAGAAUUAGAAAUUAAAAAAUCCACAAUUUUUGAGUGUCCUCAACGGGGACAAGCCUAUUCUUGCCAACCUAUACUGUCUUUAAUUGUUGAUUAGUAAUCAUAAGUGAUUACUUGCAUGAUAAGGUUUCUCCAGAACCGGCCUGGUUGUGUACCUUUCAACCGAUGUUCUGCGAACAAUAGAAAAGUCCAAUUUGGACCGAAUCAAAAAGAAAGUAGAGGAGCAGGAUAGCUUGUAAAUAUAUGUAAUGAAUUAUAGUUUUGUCUGCAUAUGAUUGAUUGAAUUGCAGGUAGCUUAUAGCUAUUUGCUGCUGCUCUGUUUCAUCAUGUCCUAGCAAAAAAGGAUAAUGAUGAGAUACUGCAGUUAUACAAAACAUGUACAUGAUAUUCAAAAUGUGUUGUUGUGUAAGCUCAAGAUUUAGAAGUCUGCAAUUGUUUUUUUUUUUUUUUUG